ACAGUAUGGCAGCCGUCGCGCUGAGGUCCUGCCGCAGAGGACUUUCACAGAUUUUAAGUAAUGGAGGGCUCGCAGCUUUGUCUUCAAAGCGUUUGGAAGGAGACAGAAGACACAAGUCCACAGUUCAGUAUGCUUCACGACCAGAACUUCCGAAGUUGGCAUACAGAAGAGUGAAGGGGAAGAGCCCAGGUGUGGUCUUCCUCCCAGGAUAUGGCUCCAACAUGAAUGGGCAGAAAGCUGAAGCACUGGAGGAGUUCUGUAGGUCACUAGGGCACUCAUAUCUUAGGUUUGACUACACAGGACAUGGGGCCUCAGAGGGGGUGUUUGCAGAAGGAACUAUUGGUACCUGGAAAAAAGACGUCCUUUUUGUGUUGGAUGAAUUAGCAGAGGGGCCACAGAUAAUGGUGGGUUCCAGUAUAGGCGGUUGGCUCAUGCUAUUGGCAGCCAUUGCAAGACCAGAGAAGACUGCUGCACUGGUGGGCAUCUCCACUGCUGCUGAUCACAUUGUCACAUCAUUCAACACUCUUCCUCUGGAGGCACGUAAGGAGUUUGAGGAGAAGGGGGAGUGGACAGUGCCCACCAAACACUCAGAGGAGGGCAUUUACAAGUUUAGCAUGAACUUUCUGCGUGAGGCAGAGAAUCACUGUGUGCUCCAGAGUCCCAUCCCCAUCACUUGUCCCGUGCGGCUCAUCCAUGGGCUCAAAGAUGAGGACGUCCCCUGGCACAUCUCCAUGCAGGUUGCAGAACGUGUCCUCAGCCCUGAUGUGGAUGUCAUCCUUCGGCGGCAUGGCCAGCACCGUAUGUCUGAGAAGGACGACAUCAAACUCAUGGUCUACACUAUUGACGAUCUCAUAGACAAGCUGACCACUAUGGUCUGAGUAAGGGAUGGGAGAGUGAGCUUGAGAGGUUGCUGGGUUAAGGAGAGAUGGACUGUGUUUACUGGGAAGUCAACCCUCAAGGAAAUUACCAAACAAUGGCAUGUUUCUUUGCCAAAUAUGACCUUUAUCCAUCUCUGUUAUCCUCCCCGUACUUCAUCUGUCAUUUUCACAUGCCGUUACAGUGCAAACUAUAUUUAAAGGGACCUCUCCUGUUAGCUGUUCCCUUAUAUCUUCAGGUUGCAUUUGUGCGUGUUCCAGGUUAUUAUGUUGACUGUUAUGUUGGUCAGCCAUUGUUAGGUCUGCCAUUUGCUGCUGUCUCUGCCACUGUUCUUACUGUUUUCCCUCCCUCUUUAAUUAGAUGCAUAGUUUUCCUGUGCCUUUUUUAAUCACUUUUCACCCGUUUUGGCCAAUAAAACCUCUGCACACUA